AUGGGUGGUGCAAGCAGAGAAGGCGGCAAGGUUAAGCCCCUCAAGGCGGCCAAGAAGGAGAAGAGGGAACUUGACGAUGACGACCUUGCCUUCAAGGAGAGGCAGAGAGCCGAAGCUAAGGCGAAGAAGGAGCUGAUGGAAAAGGCCAAGGGCAAGGGCCCGCUGAACACCGGUAACCAGGGUAUCAAGAAAUCCGGCAAGAAAUGAUGUCGCGGCCCGGUUUUCUUUACGAUUUCAACGAGCCACGAUCCACGACAGCAAAGGGGAGAUUGUCUAUACCCGGUGGCACUUCCCUACGCUUCGCGUCGCAUAUGAGCGCUUUUGUUUUUUUGAAAUUCCUGGUCUACAUCUCAUCCAUCACAAGUGGCAUGUUCUCUCCUGUAGUAUGGAUUGUUUAAGGAUAAUAUGAAUC